UCUAGGCCUAAUAUUGUGAGCACGUGAAUCCAGGUUGUAAUGCGAUACAUAUUUAUAUGUACACCCAUGCGGCUCCCUUGAUCUGAUCUCUUGUCUUCAAUUAAAUUUCUAGGGGAGCUAACAGUAAUUUUGAUGAUAAAAUAACGCGAUGUUUGAUCUUCCUACCGAUAUCGCGGUUACUGUCUUGGACUACAUCACCGCAGUCAAUGACCUCAAAGCACUCUGCCUCACGUCCAAAGCUUGCCACGAGCGCGUGAUACCUCGACUUUACCGACACGUCAACAUCCCGCUAUGGCAUCAUUCGGUGCUGACGUUCUCUCGGCAAUUCCAUUCCGGAGAAAGCUACGCUCCUGAAGACAAGGAUAAGCCCGAUAGCAGUACAGUCAAACAGGAAGAAGAUAUGCGCAUGGUGACGUUGAUGGAGGUAUUACAGUUGUUUCCACGAGACGUCUUGCGAGAUUUCCGGUGACUAUAAGAAACUCCUUAGCUCUUAGCAUAGGACAUAUGGUGGACUGACGUACGUGUAUAGGUUCGUGUCUACUCGAUGUUUACCUUUGGUAGCUCUAC